CCUUCGUUGGCAAACAGAGAGAAAAAGAAGAACAAAACAACUCCGCAAGUUCCCAUAAUUCAAUUCACCACAAACACAAUCCCUCUCUCUCUUCCCUCGGCGAUCUUAAACUCUUAUCUGGGGCGGAGCUAGGUAGGGGUGAGGGGUUCAUCCGUAACCCCUUCGGCAAAAGAUCACACUGUGUGUUGACAAUAUGGAGCAUGAUGAGACGGGAUGCCAACCCCCUCCGGAAGGUCCUAUUUUGUGUAUUAACAACUGUGGCUUUUUCGGAAGUGCUGCAAACAUGAACAUGUGCUCCAAGUGUUACAAAGACAUGGUAUUGAAACAAGAACAAGCUAAGCUUGCUGUGUCAUCAAUUGAAAACCUUGUCAAUGGAUCAUCUGCCGGAGAGAAGGGAAUGGUUAUUGUUGACCCCGUAGAUGUGCAACCUGAUACUAUUGAAGCACAGUCUAUAGCUUUGCCAUCAUCUCAAACUUCGAGUUCUAGUGAUAUGCCCGAUGUAAAGGCUAAGGUGGGUCCUAACCGCUGUGGCACUUGUAAGAAAAAGGUUGGCAUCACUGGAUUCAAAUGUCGCUGUGGUAACCUUUAUUGUGGAGCACACCGCUACUCAGAUAAACAUGACUGCCUGUUUGAUUACCGCUCUGCUGGCCAGGAUGCAAUAGCAAAAGCCAACCCUGUUGUUAAGGCAGAGAAGCUUGACAAGAUCUAGAAGGGGAGUAUUUGGUGAUUUGAUUUGGUCUCCAAAAGGGUCCUUCUCUGAUUGGCAACAUAUAUUUUGAGAUCUUAUUAAUCCUGGGGGCGAAGAAGAAAAAAUGAUAUGUGCAUGUUCAAGAAUUAUUAGGAGAAUUUGUGUGUUUGCUCCAGUUUCAGGUCUUUCAUUUUACUGGUUUGAUAGCACUUUGAUUAUGUCUGUCAUAUGUCGUUCUCACUCACCUGGUAUUCUAUCAGAUAUUACAUGUCUAAAUGGUAUGUGCAAAUCUGGAUAACAUGGAAAACAUCCAUCGACUUGGUUGUGUUUUGUCAUUGUAAAUUUUUCUUCAUGA